AUGCGCGUAUUCUGGCCGUCAGACGCUCCAAAGGACUCUGUGCCGGGUGUUCUGGUGGGGUUCAGAAACUCGAAGUCAGAUGUCUUUGUGGUAGCUGUGCUUCAAGAAGUCGAGUUGCGUCAAGUCGAGAACGCGCUGCUUGUCGGGACCUUGCUGCGACACAGCCCACACGAUGUCCAGGAACUACUUCAACGAUGCGGACACUCUUCCUUGCGCGCCUUGGGCUACGUCAACCCCAGGAGCCCAGUUGAGCAGCCUGAUAACGACCUCAUCGUAGUCCAUACCGACCCCUCGUUCCGAUUUCCGCGCCUUCAUCAUCCUCACGAACCGCUCGCGACAAUGCAAGUCAUUGUAUACGACCGACCGCACCCAACGCGUAUGCAAUACCUCUCGCUCAAACCAAUCACGCUAGCACUGGGAGACAAAAGAAGGGUCGCAGAAUGGGAUGUAGCUUUCGAAGAGCUGGAGAAAGCAGAAGAGAAGGAGCGCAGAAGGAAGGCACAUCUCGUUGAGAAGCUCAAGCUGCACACGGUGAUUGCACACCCGCGCACUCAAAAGGAGCUGGCGUUGCCGAUGCUCAUCGAGCAGGUGAACUGUUCGCACGAAUUGAACGCCCUAUUACAGAAGAACAUCGGCAUGAUAGGCAGGCGUAUGAAGCGAGCCUUAAGUGUCAGUGAGCGGGUUGUCGAGUCUGCGAACGAUCUCUGGGACUAUAUAUGGCUUGUCCUCCAUUAUGCGUUCAGAGUCUGGAUAUGGCCGGUAGCCGCACAACUCUUUAUUUUUGGGCUCAUCACCCAUCGCAUAAUGGGAGAAGCCGUUCUUCAGCUUCUCCAUUGGCGACCAGGUUCUUCCGACUCGCCAGCUCUGAAAGACAUCUCCGCAACAGCGCAACAGAUUGACAUACGAUUACAACAGUCUUGUUACUGGCCCAUUCAGUAUCUCACCUUACGCAGGAGGAAAGUCAACUGGGAAUCUAUCACUAACAGUCAUCCGGAGUAUAUCCGGUUCUACAAUAGUCUGUGGCUGGUUGCCAACGAUGUCAUAAUGGGCAUCGCUGUUGGAACAUUCAUCAUCGAGAACGCUUCGUUCGUGGCUGCUCAGGUCGAUACCAUAUUCAGUACCUGGUCAGUCGACGGUCUACGGCGCAUGAUAUCAUGGCUUAUGGGAUGGCCUGGAGGCUUGAAGUUGAACACUGAACUGGCUGCGUUCCUGGGCGACCUUUUUCUUUGGGUCAUUGAUUACUGGGCGGGAUGCAUAUCACUCCUGCGGCCACACCUACCUGCGCUGAUCCAGAUCAUUGGCUUUUCCGCUUUCGCUGGCGCCACUAUGCCCAUCUCAAUCUUCUCGGACCUCGUUUCACUGCUGACGCUGCACAUCUACUCAUUCUAUGUCGCGUCUGCUCGCAUCUUUCAUUGGCAGCUUACGAUAAUCAUAUCCCUCUUCCACCUUUUCCGUGGAAAGAAGCGCAACAUCCUCCGCAACCGAAUCGACUCAUGCGACUACGACUUGGACCAGCUAUUGCUCGGCACUAUUCUUUUCACACUGCAGUUCUUCUUACUGCCAACUGUGUUCGUCUUCUACUUGACGUUUGCGAGCGCACGCAUUGCUGUCAUCGGAUUGAAAGCUGCGCUGGAGAUGGGGCUUGCCUGUCUCAAUCACUUCCCGCUCUUCGCAGUCAUGCUACGACUGAAGGAUCCUGGAAGACUACCUGGAGGAAUCUGUUUCGAACUACAAGACACGACCGAUCUUUCCUCUAGCACGACAAGCGAGACAGGCUCACCGCCGACGGCCUAUGUGUUGCUGAAGUCGAUCCCGCUGUCACUACGUGCGAUGUUCCAACCCUAUUUCGACCUUGGCGAUCGCAUACGCAAGCACUACUUCUCGCCUAGCGUCUUGUUGUAUCUCGUGUCAGGGCAAUUUGUCCCACCGAUUCACCGCCGCAACUUAUACAGCUUGCAGUAUAGCAUGCUCCCCGCCAACAGAGCAAGUAUAGGCGAGCUGUGGAAGAAGCUGACAGAAAGGAGUGCCGCGCCAUCGCACGGGUCUAACGGGUUCAAUCCGGCUUCCUUCUUGACAGUGCGCGUCGGUCUUGAAGGUUCUCAAGAAGACUUUCUACUCCACGAAGGCAUACUGGCCGGACGCUCCGAGUUCUUCCGCCGCGCGAUGAACGGCAACUGGUCUGAGAAGAAGGAUCGACUCGUUAGACUACCUGAGGAUGACCCCAAGAUCUUCGCUCUCUACGUUAAUCUCAUCUAUAUGGGUGCGAUGUACACCCAAACAGAAUAUCAAAAGACGACACCUGUCGAAUUUCAAGCACAUACUCUGGCAAAUGUCAAGUUCUACAUCCUCGCUCAGAAGCUGCAAGAUACGCAAGCCAAGAAUUCCGCUUUGGAGACCGUUCGUACCGAGAUCAGCGCCAUGUCGUUUGCCGCAGACAGACUACCCAACGCCGAGAUCGUCGAGUUGAUGUAUAGGAAUACAUUGAAAGGUAGUCUUGGACGGCGCCUCAUGGUCGACAUCUGGACCUGCAUCAGCACGAAGAGUAUUCUCGAGACGAGUGAACGCCUUUGCAGGGACUUCCUCGUAGAUCUCGCCUACUCACUCCAUGUCAUGACAACUCUUCGAGCAGGUGUGAAAACAGCAAUGAGCUUCGAUCCGUCGAAGCUCGUCACAAUCAUUGUGGGCAAAGGUCCAAAACAACAGCGCUUCUCGGUCCAUGAGGGAAUCAUCUGCGCACGCUCCGAGUUCUUCAAACGUGCUAUGAACGGCAACUGGGUAGAGAGCGAAAAACGCAUCAUUGAGUUGCCGGAGGAUGACCCAAAGAUCUUCAACAUCUAUAUCAACUUCCUCUACACAGGUCGCAUUGUGACCAACACUCUCGAGGAGCCGAUAGAUCGUCAGGAUAUCGGAAAGGAGAUGCGUGUGCUCGGCCGGCUUUACGUGCUCGGUGAGAAGCUCCAGGACAAGACUGCAAAGAACUCAGCCAUCCAAGGUCUGCUAGAGGUCGCUGAAGAAAAAGAUGCGGACGGGUUCCAGUUCCAGCCGACGGUCGGAACCAUCAUCAUCAUAUACCAGGGCACAUGUGCGGGCAGUCUUGGCCGUCGCCUUGUGGUAGAUAUGUGGAUUAGGAUAUCGGCGGAAUUUUUAACCCAGGACACGUGUCUUUUACCCAAGGAGUUUCUCGCUGACUUCGCCAUCGCACUUCUGCGCUACCGUCCAGACGACAUACCGAAACAGGCUACGAUGGCAAACAUUAGCGACUACAUGGAGGAGAUGGAUUGA